AUAAGCGGAUGGCCUGGCCGUGAGAAUGAUACAGGACAAGCAUCAGUUCAACUUGAAACCACAAUCUCUGUGAUAUUAUCUGUUACCCCCAAUCAUGGAGAUCAGCGCGGGGCCAGGGAGAGCGACGCCGUCGACCAAGACGGUGCAGGAGCUCGCCGGCGGCCUUAGCUCGCCCCAAGUGCCAGCCCGUUACGUCGCGCGGGGCCACCACCACGGCCCGGCAGCCGCCCCGGCUCCGGUCCCUGUCAUCGACCUCGGCCUUCUGUGCUGCAACCAGGCCGCCGCCGCCGCCGCCGAAGCCGAAAAGCUCCGGCUGGCGCUCGAGUCCUGGGGCCUCUUCCUGGUGACCAACCACGGUGUAGACGCCGGCCUGAUGGACGGCAUGAUGUCCGCGUCGAGAGACUUCUUCCGGCUGCCGCAAGAAGAGAAGCAGAGGUACACGAACCUGGUCGACGGCGAGCGGUUCCAGCUCGAGGGGUACGGCACCGACCGCGUGAGCUCGCCGGAGCAGAUCCUGGACUGGUCCGACCGCCUCUACCUCAAGGUGGACCCCGAGGCCGACCGGAGCCCCGCGCUCUGGCCGGCGCACCCCCAAUCCUUCAGGGAUCUGCUGCACGAGUUCACCGGGAAAUGCAGGGCGGUGAAGGACGUGCUGCUGCCGGCAAUGGCGAGGCUGCUGGAGCUUGACGACCACGGAUACUUCCUGGACCAGCUUGGAGCUGGAGACGGGAAGGCUGCUGACACUUACGCGAGGUUCAGUUACUACCCGGAGUGUCCGAGGCCGGAGCUCGUCUUCGGCCUCAAGCCUCACUCCGACGGGACAGUUCUGUCAGUCCUCAUGGUGGAUGACACCGUCGGCGGGCUUCAGGUCCUCGGAGACGGCGUGUGGUGGGAUGUCCCCGUCGUUCCCGGUACCCUGCUGAUCAACCUCGGAGACCAAACCGAGAUAAUGAGCAACGGGAUCUUCAAAAGCCCUGUGCACAGGGUCGUGACGAAUGCCGAGAAGGAAAGGCUGUCCGUGGCUCUGUUCUACUCCGUUGACCCCGAAAGGGAAAUCGAGCCGGCGGCUCAGCUAGUCGACGAGAAGAGACCGGCGAAGUACAGGAAAGUCAAGGUCAAAGACUACAUCGCUGGGCUCUAUGAAAAUUUAUCUCAAGGGACAAUGGUUAUCGAUACAGUCAAGAUAUAGUAUAUAAUAUGUUAUUAUCAUGCAUUAUUUUGUCAGAAUCUGUGGUUGUUCUGCCACCGUGGUCAUGUAUUACAUAUGAAACAUGUUAGAACUACCUCUGUUAAAGUUAAUGUAACUGUUAGAGCACUGGCAGAGGUAUGAAAUUGUCCAUAGAUGGCAUAGUUAGGCCAAACAAAGGUGUCCCGUAUGCGUGGGCAGACCAUAACAUUUUGAUCCAAAAAACUAGAAGCACAAA